GCCUCCGCCUCCUCGUUCCCAUGUCACAAGUCAUCCUUUGCUAUGAUUACGAUCCACUUGCGCUUGUUAUCCACAAUGCUCUCUAUUUGAUAGAAUAUACCUGGAGGUCGUAUGUAAAGGGGAAGGACUGCGUUGUAUGGGGAAAGUCGACAUAUCCCCGGUCAAGAAGUGAAACUAAAGAGAUGGUCAAAAAAUAGAGUCACACUCCAUCCUUGGCACCCCACUUACACGUCGCGAACGCGUUCGACCCCAUACUACCCUUUUUCUUCCAACCACCACAACUUCGUCAAUUGCAGGCCAAAAUGCGAGCUUUUGGGCUCGAAUUGUCGCCCAAUAUCCGGUCUAUCCGGGGGAAACGAAGGUAUCUCCUGGAUACGGAGAAGGCUGCAAUUAUUGCGGCUCGACAAGCCGGGGUAUCGCGCAAGACCUUGGCUUCCAACUUCGACUGCAGUUUGGCCUGCAUCUCCCGUACGGUCAAACGCUUCCAAGAACGCGGAACCGUGGUUGUGAACCGCCAAAGCCUUGAAUUCUCCUCGGAGCUUUUUCAACCAGCUAAGCGAAACAAAAAGGGUACUUCGCUUUUUCCGAACGUAGAACAAGAGGGUAUCGGGGCUAAGCUUAACAACACUAAAUCACAAGAAGAGCAGAGCAAAAGAGGAGGCUGGCGGUGCCUGAGCAGCGAGUUAGCUCGCCAGCUUCACCUUGCCGUCCUCCCCAUUGAACGAACGAACCCCUAUUACGCCCCUGCCAUGCCUGUUUGCAGUGAGGGAGCAGAAGAUGACCUGCCUCAGCCAUCGCCAAGAGAAGUACAAGAACGGUAGUUAGCCUUCUAGAAACAAGAAGAGGAAGAAGCAGUGGCGGCCAGAAAACGCGAAAAAAAGGGGGCACAGAAAAACGAAAUCGGCCA